GCUCGCUGAAAGUCAUGUUUCCGGGUUAAGGUGUCGCUUUCCUAGUAGUUGACAGCAGGCAGCUUCAGAUAAAAGGUUCGUCCGUGAUCCUUUGUACUCAUGAGAAAAAGUAUGUUUUUCAGAUUAACUUAGACCCGACUAUUUGUGUUAUAAAUUGUUUUUUUAACUGUUGUGUGACUGUCUAAAAACUCUGUACCCGGGCUGACUGAAGUGAUGCAACAUGGCAGCAACUCCUCUCAGGAGGUGCUUUCUGUCCGCACUGAGACACGCUCGGUGUCACAGCCGUGGACUUAACCCUGUGGCAGAGAGGACAGCGUCCUAUACUGUGAUCUGUAACUACAGAGCAGCAGAUGGAAACACAAGCCUUAACGCGGGACCCUCGGUGCAGUGGGACAAACACGACAGUGGAGACAGCAGCAGCUCUCCCGUGCUAAAGUCAGUCUCUGUGGGGCUCGGGCUGUGUGGGGCUGCGCUGCUGGACAGUCAGAGGGACGAACAACCGGAGGAAAGAGAGAACUCUGUUUCUGGGAGGAUUUUUGGACUACUUUUCCCAUCAGCUCAGUGUGCUUCCCCUUUUAAACCUGAUAGCCCCCGCUUCAAAUACAACUUCAUAGCAGACGUGGUCGAAAAGUCCGCUCCAGCUGUCGUGUACAUUGAAAUCCUGGGCAGACACCCAUUUUCAGGCAGAGAAGUUCCUGUGUCCAAUGGCUCUGGAUUCAUCAUCAGCAGUGAUGGUCUCAUUGUCACCAACGCUCAUGUUGUGGCCAACAAGAGAGGCGUCCGAGUGAAGCUCACAAACGGGGAUACGUACAAUGCCACCGUGCAGGAUGUUGACCCUGUGGCGGACAUUGCUACCAUAAAAAUCACCGCAAGGAAUCCUUUACCCACGCUGGCCCUUGGCUACUCCUCUGACAUUCGACAAGGAGAGUUCGUGGUCGCCAUGGGAAGCCCGUUUGCUCUGAAGAAUACAAUCACAUCAGGGAUUGUGAGCUCAGUGCAGAGAGGCAGUAAAGAGCUGGGUCUGUCCAACUCCAACAUGGAGUACAUCCAGACUGAUGCAGCCAUCGAUUUUGGAAAUUCCGGAGGCCCCCUCAUUAACCUGGACGGUGAAGUUAUCGGUAUAAACACUAUGAAGGUCACAGCAGGCAUCUCUUUCGCAAUACCGUCAGAUCGCUUGAGAAUUUUCCUCGAUCAAGCAGCAAAGAAAAAGACAUCUUGGUUUGGCGAGUCAGAAACGAAGCGACGGUACAUUGGCGUCAUGAUGCUGACGCUGACACCGAGCAUCAUUACAGAGUUGAAGUUAAGAGAUCCGUCCUUUCCUGAUGUGACACACGGCAUCCUGAUUCACAGAGUGAUCAUGGGCUCCCCAUCUGACAGAGCCGGCAUGCGACCCGGAGACAUUGUGUUGGAGAUUAACGGAGCGACUGUGAACACCUCAGAGGAGAUCUACCAAGCGGUCCGCAGCAAUGAUAAAAUCACCGUGGUGGUGCAAAGAGGACACGAGCUGCUUCAGCUGCAUAUAACCCCGGAGUACACAGAGUGACACUCAGCACAGAUAGCCUUAGGUUGGCCUGAGGGAAACAAAAUGAUGCCAGAUUAGCUCAUGAAGACAAGAACACUGGAACAUGAGCUGACAUUUGUGUCUACUGCAAGAAGCGCAAGUAUUUAUUGCUUAGGGUUGAUAAACAUUUAAAGUGGAUAUGAGCAAAAGACGUUUGCCAUUUUCAUGUUACAGUUUAGGAGAAAUUUAGCCCUAUAAGUUGAAGUCACUGUAAACCACACAAAGGCCUUGGUGUCAUUUUUAAAAUGUAAAAAUGGACCUGCCAACACCUGGAGGCUUAAAUGGAUUAAUGUCAGUAUUUAUUCUUGGGUGUCAUGGAGUCAAAUAAAAAA